UGGUUUGGUACUAUCCCCCACACAUACAAGAUGUCCACCUCCACUGAAGAUGUUCCAAUUGAAGUUUCCAAGGUCUUUGACACUAUUUUAGUGCUUGAUUUUGGAUCUCAAUACUCCCAUUUGAUCACCAGAAGAUUAAGAGAAUUUCAAGUCUAUGCUGAAAUGUUACCAUGUACUCAAAAGAUUUCCGAAUUAAGCUGGAAACCAAAGGGUAUCAUUCUUUCCGGUGGUCCUUACUCCGUUUAUGCUGAAGAUGCUCCUCAUGUUGACCAUGAUAUUUUCAAGUUGGGUGUUCCAAUCUUGGGUAUUUGUUACGGUAUGCAAGAAUUAGCCUGGAUUAACGGUAAGGGUGUUGCCAGAGGUGACAAGAGAGAAUACGGUCCUGCUGAAUUGAAGGUCGAAGAUCCUACUUGUGCUUUGUUUAAAGACGUUGACCAUUCACAAGUUUGGAUGUCUCACGGUGACAAAUUGCACGCUUUGCCAACCGGGUUCAAGGUUGUCGCUACUUCUGACAACUCUCCAUUCUGUGGUAUUUCCAACGAAGAUGAAAAGAUCUACGGUAUUCAAUUCCACCCAGAAGUUACCCAUACUGUCCAAGGUAAGAAGUUGUUGAGAAACUUUGCUGUUGACAUCUGUAACGCCAACACCAACUGGUCUAUGGAAAAUUUCAUUGAUACUGAAAUUGCCAGAAUUAGAAAGUUGGUUGGUCCAACUGCUGAAGUUAUUGGUGCUGUUUCUGGUGGUGUUGAUUCUACUGUUGGUGCCAAGAUCAUGAAGGAAGCUAUUGGUGACAGAUUCCAUGCCAUUUAUGUUGACAAUGGUGUCAUGAGAAAGAAUGAAACCGAAACUGUCCACAAAACCUUGACUGAAGGUUUAGGUAUCAACUUGACCGUAGUUGAUGCUUCUGAAUUGUUCUUGGGUAGAUUAAAGGGUAUUACUGAUCCAGAAAAGAAGAGAAAGAUCAUUGGUAACACUUUUAUUCACGUUUUUGAAGAUGAAGCUGCCAAGAUCAAGCCUCAUGAUGGUUCCGAAAUUGAAUUCCUUUUACAAGGUACUUUAUACCCAGAUGUCAUUGAAUCCAUUUCCUUCAAGGGUCCUUCACAAACCAUCAAGACCCACCACAAUGUCGGUGGUUUAUUAGAAGACAUGAAAUUGAAGUUGAUUGAACCAUUGAGAGAACUUUUCAAGGAUGAAGUCCGUCAUUUAGGUGAAUUAUUAGGUGUUCCAACUGAACUUGUCUGGAGACACCCAUUCCCAGGUCCUGGUUUGGCUAUCAGAGUUUUGGGUGAAGUUACCAAGGAACAAGUCAAGAUUGCUCGUGAAGCCGAUGCUAUUUUCAUUGAAGAAAUCAAAAAGGCUGGCUUAUACCGUCAAAUCUCCCAAGCCUUUGCUGCUUUAUUACCAGUCAAAUCAGUUGGUGUUAUGGGUGAUCAAAGAACCUAUGAACAAGUUAUUGCCUUGAGAGCCAUUGAAACUGUUGAUUUCAUGACUGCUGAUUGGUUUGUUUUUGAAGCCGCUUUCUUAAAGAGAGUUGCUUCCAGAAUCGUGAAUGAAGUUAAUGGUGUUGCUAGAGUUACUUAUGAUAUUACCAGUAAACCACCAGCUACCGUUGAAUGGGAAUAGUUUAUUCACUAUAUAUAUUCUUGUUUUAUAUAUAAAAAAAAAAUAAAUAAUUAGACAUUUAUGAUUUUUUGUCGUAGUACCGUAGCCAUGACUAUCGAAUCAUCGUGAGAUAUACUUAGAUGGAAUUCUUCAUCAGAAUGUUUAUACAUGUCAUUCUUGAUAUAGGGUUUGCCAUUGGAGUCAUAGUAUCUAUACCACAGUUUAAACUCAAAUUGUUUCUGAUCAGGUAAGUCUAAUGUCUUGAACACGGCUUCUUUAGCACACCACGCACCGCUUAGAUAUUGAACCUGCUGUGAUUGAGCUAACUUCUCAAGUUUAGGAUACUCAUAUGUUGGAUGUAGGAUCCGUUUCGAGAAUUUCGAUACGAAUGAAGGGCUCUUGGUUAAUAGUCGUGCUAUUCUUGUUGAUUGGAGAAUAUCUGCACCAAUUCCAAGCACUAAUCCAUAUUUGUUCAUACAAGGUGGGUAAGUGAUUGAUUGAUUGACU